UCGUUUGUUUGCGCGAGAAGACAUGGCGGAAGGCAAUGACAGCGCUCGGGAGAUUUUUCAGCCAUCCAAGAGGACAAAAUCGGAGGUGUGGUCGUAUUUUGGCUAUUUCAAGAGUCCCGAGGGCAAUUUAAUCGAGGAUGGGCACCCUGUCUGCAAAUCUUGCAAGAGGAAAGUUGCUGCAAAAGGGGGAAACACGUCAAAUCUGCUAAGUCAUCUACGUGACAACCACCCACUGUUAUAUAGCGAAUGCAAGAGUGGGCGUGCAUUAGGAAAACCCAGUGAUGCUUCUGGUCCCUCGACUCCCUCCUCAUCUACAGCUGUGACACAGACACUUGAACAAGCAUUUAAAAGGCAGACUGCUUAUGCACCCACAUCAAAAAAUGCACGAGACCUCACUGCAGCUAUUUCAUAUUUCAUUGCAAAGGACAUGAUGCCAUUUCAAAUUGUGGAGAGGCCUGGUUUUCUGAGGCUGAUGAAAGUUGCUGUACCACACUACAAAGUGCCAUCACGAAAAUAUUUUUCCAAAACUGAAAUACCAAAUCUGUACAACCAGGUCAAAGCUGAUGUUUUAAAAAAAUUAGCUCAAGGAACAUGGUUUGCUGCAACUACUGACCUCUGGACUAGUGAAAGUGGUGGUGGUCAACCCUACAUAAGCGUCACUAUCCAUUACCUCACUCCAGACUGGCAACUGGAAUCAAACUGCCUCGAAACUCAGUUCUUCCCAGAAGAUCACUCAGCUCAAAACAUCAGCGAGUUUUUUGAUAACAUGCUGGAAGAAUGGGGGAUCAACAAAAAAGACCUGGUCUGCAUAACCACAGACAACGCAACGAACAUGAUAAAGGCUUUUGAAGAGUUUUCAGAAGUGUGGCUUGGGUGCUUUGGCCAUAAUUUGAACCUGGCCAUCUCAAAGGCUUUGAAAAUACAGAGAGUUGAAACAGCAGUCAAGGCCUGCCGUCAUCUGGUCCAGGGCUUCUCACGGAGCUGGAAGAGAAGGCGAGAACUGAGGCAAAAACAAGCUGCCCUCAACAUGCCACAGAAGGCUCUAAUUCAUGAUGUGGUGACUCGAUGGGGAUCUACACACAAGAUGGUUGAGCGGUUCCUUAGUCAACAGCAACCAGUCUGUGCAACACUGGCUGGAGAAAGAGGAACAUGGCAUCUAAUGCCCAAGGAUACCGACAUAACUGUCAUGGAGCAACUGUGCCAGCUCCUCGAACCUCUGAGCAAGUUAACAGAUGCACUUGCCUCAGAAACACGAGUAACACUCUCAGCAAUCAAGCCUGUCCUGGACCACAUUAAUUCUGAUGUUCUGGUGGAAAAGGACACAGAUACAUCCCUGACCAAGGAGAUGAAAAAGUUAAUGAGAGAAGACCUCAAAAAUAGAUACCCAGAUAAGGCAAAGAGAGUCAUGAACAUGGCUUGUUUCAUUGACCCCCGCUUCAAACGGAGCUCUUUAGAUGAGCCUGAGGCUUCAAAAAUUGAAACUGACUGUGUCCAGGAAGCUGUGAAGCUGGCUGCACAAGUCAGGGAAGAACCACAAAGCACCUCCACCAGCAGCAGCAUCUCUACCAGCACUCCACCAGCAGCAUCGGAGGGGAAAGGCCUUGCCGGGUUGCUGAGAAAGAUUUCUUCAGUGACAAGGCAGCAAAGAGGUGAAGAGGGUCAGAUUCCAACCACUCUAGAAGACAGUGUGAAACAAGAAAUCAAAGUCUACCUGUCUCUGCCCCCAAUUCCAGCAGAAGAGGAUCCACUGGUGUGGUGGAAGGGCCAUGCAUCAGAGCUGCCUCACCUUGCCAGGGUUGCCAGGAAGCUUCUGUGCAUCCCAGCAACCAGCGUGCCAUCAGAGAGAGUGUUCAGUGCCAGUGGGCAUAUUGUCUCUCCUCAAAGAGCAUUACUUAAACCAGACAAAGUAAACAUGCUGACAUUUUUGCAUUUCAAUCUCAAGUGAACAAAGAUGCAUAUAUGAUACAGGAUGUUAGGUCAGCUGCACUUUUUUCUUUAGAAGAAGAGAACGGACAUACAAUCAUUGAUGUUCAUUUGAUUUGUUUACAUAUGGUUGUAUUGUUAUUACAUGCACAUUGCUUUACUUGUGUUGUUUUUAUGUGUGCAUUUGAUGUUCUUAUUUAAGGUACUGUUCAUUAAAACCUGCACUAGGAAAACGUAUACCUCUCACUCUCAGGGCACCAUGUUAAUGUUAAUAUAAUAUUUAUGCUUAAAAAGGUGCAUAUAGCUGCUAAUUGUAUUUUUUGUUUGUUGAUUUUCAAAUAUUAAACUUGUUGAAAUGUU